AUGGCGGAGGAACAGACACCCCCGCAUGCCAAGUCAAGCAAUUCCCCGGGAAAAGUUACCCUCUAUGUCGUUCCUGCAACUCCGACUUCCGGGGCGCAUGUUGUCAAAAUUUUGAUCCUGAUGAAACUCCUUAGCAUUCCACAUGCGGUGAAAGUGGUACCAUCUCCAAGCGACGAUGAAUGGUUUUGGGAAAUCAAUCCCUACAGAAUGGUUCCGGCCAUUGAAAGUGAAGAUUACGUUGAGCAGCCAGGAAAAGAACAAAAGCCUUUGAAUGUCUUUGAGAGCUGCUCAUGUCUUGCCUUUUUGGUAGAUAAAUAUGAUAAUGACGGGCUCUAUGGGGGGAGAAAUCUAGUUGAACGAGCACAGGUCUCUAGCUGGUUAAUGUCGUACACUUCUGGUCUCGGCGCAACUGGAAAGUGGUGGCUGGUGUUGAAGCGAAAACACGGAGAUUCCAUGCGGGAAGCGAUUGAAAUUUUCGCUGAUGCUAUCAAAAAAGAAUACUCCAUUCUCGAAAAUCGGCUUCAAAUUACUGAGCAGAACUACAUCGCUCUUUCCGACCGCCUCACUAUCGCUGAUAUUGCUAUCCUACCGUUCGCAAACGAAAAUAUUGCGGCAUCGGCAGGCAUUGACUUCAGUGAAUAUCCCUCACUGCAAGCAUGGAGCCGGAAACUUCUCGGUCUUCCACAGAUCAUCACUUCCUUCGAACUGGUGACAACGUUUGGCCGUUGA